GGCCGUCAAAUUUAAAAAAAGGUAAUUUCAUAAUGUCUCUUAGUCAUAGCACUUCUCGUUUCUCUUUCGUUCUCAGAAGCUGUGCUCAAUCUUAUGCAAUUGCCCAAGCAAAGCAAGCCCACGCUCAAAUCCUCAUCCAUGGCUUCCUUCCACAUUUAACUCUUCUAACCGAUCUUCUUUUGGUGUAUUGCAAAUGUGGGUUCCUUCACGACGCCCGCAACGUGUUUGACAAAAUGGCUCACAGAAACAUGCACUCUUGGAAUAUCUUGAUUGCUUCUUAUGUUCAUAAUUCUUUCUACUUUGAUGCAUUAAAUGUGUUUAAUGAGUUUAGACACCUUGGUUUUCUGCCUGACCACUAUACUUUGCCUCAGAUGUUUAAGGCUAGUGUUGGUAUUGGGGAUGCUUAUUUGGGAAAGAGACUUCAUUGUUGGACAAUUAAGCUGGGGUUUGUUGGUUAUGUUGUUGUAGGCAGUACGGUUUUAGACUUUUACGCUAAAUGUGGGAUUGUGGGUGAUGCUAGGAAGGUGUUUGAUGAUAUGAUCUUCAAAGAUACAGUUUCUUGGAACUCAAUGAUUUCUGGGUAUGGGAGGGCUGGGGUUUAUAUGGAUGCGUUGGAUUGUUUUAAGCGCAUGCUCUUGGAAGGAGCGAAUAUGGAUUUUAUGACAAUUCCUAGCGUUUUGAAUGCUUGUGGAGGGGAAGGAGAUUUGAGAAAAGGAAAAGAGAUUCAUUGCUUAGUUUUGAAGAGUCCGGUAUUUGCUGCUGAUGUUGCAGUUGGGAACUCAUUGAUUGAUAUGUAUUCGAAGUGUGGAAGCCUGCUUAAUUCUGAAAAGGUCUUUUGGAAUAUGAGUAGGUUGAACAUUGUUACAUGGACCACAAUGAUUUCUUGUUAUGGGGCUCAUGGGAAAGGAGAGAAAUCCUUGGUCUUGUUUAACAAAAUGAAGGAUUGUGGAAUCCAACCCAAUUCUGUAACACUGACAGCCAUUUUGGCUAGCUGCAGUCAUGCAGGUUAUAUCAACGAAGGUUGGAGAAUUUUCCAGUCUAUUAUUUCAGAUAAUAAGGUUGAACCGACGGUAGAACAUUAUGCUUGUGCUGUUGAUCUUCUGAGUCGCUUUGGCUUUCUGAAGGAAGCGUUUCUGUUGAUUAGAAAUAUGAAGGUCAAAGCUGCUGCAAGCAUUUGGGGUGCUCUGCUUUCUGGUUGUAUGAUCCACAGGAACCUUGAGUUUGGAGAAAUUGCAGCUAACCAGCUUUUCAAGUUGGAACCUACAAAUCCAAGCAAUUUUAUAGCCUUGAUUAGUAUAUAUGAAUCUCUUGGUAUGACGCAUGGUGUUUCGCUGACUAGAGAGAAGAUGAGAGACCUGGGUUUGACGAAAGUUCCUGGUUGCAGCUGCAUAAUCAUUGAUGGAAUUGUACAUAAAUUCUACGGAGGGGGGAAUUCUCAUCCUUUGGCUUUGAGAAUAUCUGAACCAUUAAAUUCAGUAAGACAAGCAGCCGUAAGCUGUGAAACAACUUAGCAUUCUAGCGCACAAUUGAACAGAUUCUAUUCAAGUAGCAACCAGUUGAAACUCGAGUUGUUCAAUCAUACUAUUGGUCGUUCUAUCAAUCGACAGCGACAAACAAGUUUUCUAGAGACCACGAGACCACAAGUGCUUCUGUUGUAUGGGCACAUGAUCUUGAAAAUUUAUUGGUCGAUUCAAUAUAGAGGCCACUAAGUUGUUGAAUCCAAGUACACAUUUCAAUUCAUUACUUGGUUUGUUCUUCAAAGAGCUAUUUCCGCAGCAAUUUCAUUUGGGAAAGGCCAUUCUUUUGGGAUCUUGUAGAUUUUUCUGCUUCGAAGGGUUGUGUUACUAAGAGAACUAUGACAAAUGUGGCAUUUGGAGUUGCUUGAUUUAGAGGAUUGGAUUCAUCACUUGCUGCUAUUGCCUACUGCCAUUUGGUUGAUUCUGGAGAAGCUUCUUGGAAUGCAUAAAAUAAAUGAAUAAAUAUUAAUAUUAAAUAAAAACUAAGCUUCUGUUUAAAGCUAUAACAGUGUAUUAGGUGAAUUUGUAUUAAUUUCAGUCUCACCCACUAAUUUUAAUGAAAUGGAAUUCAUAAACUCAAUAAAUCCUUAUUGGGAAAAAAAAAAAAAAAAAAACAAAGGGAGUGAACCACUCAAUAAAUGCUUUUGCCUACUGCCAAAAUUCAUAAUUUUCAAAUGUUUAUAAUAAAUGCUAUAUUGACAAAAA